GUAUGAUGACAUCACUGACAGAUUUCAAAUUGCGAUUGUCCAACGCAAAAUCUUACAAGUGAAUGGUACAUGUUGAAAAUACCGAAAGAUGGAUGAUGAUUCACAGUUCGUGGUCGAGGAGGUGAGCAAAAUCGUCAAGGACAUAAUAGAACAAACCCUGUGCGGAGCCUGCUAUCAGCAAGACAAAGUGAACCAAUGGAGUGCUACAAUAUCUGAACAAAGUUUAGGCUCAUUGAGUAAGCUGAAAAAAUCGUUCAAGUAUGUCGUGACCUGUUCCAUCAUGCAGAAGACUGGCGCAGGCCUUCAUACUGCUAGUUCUUGCUACUGGGAUUGUGCUACUGAUGGAACAUGUACUGUUCGGUGGGAGAACAAAUCCAUGUAUUGUAUUGUCUCUGUAUUCGGACUGGCUAUCUAAAUUGAUUAUUUUACUCAUUAUAUAUUAUUCUUUUAUUUAACAUUUCAACUUUGAAUGUAAAGUGUCUACAUCUACACGUGUAUUUUUAUAAAUUUUGAUCAAUUUCG